AUGGCCAAAGGAUCGCUGCUACCCAUACUUGGUCUUGCGCUCGCUGGUCUGCUCGCUGGUGCUGCAACUGAAUACACGGCUUUCCUUCUCUCGAAAGAUGAUUCGCUUCGCACAUCGGCUACCUCUUGCAACCUCCCAUCGCGCCAGAAACUGGCUACGGAUGUCACGCAUGGUGCGGUACCGAUGCUUGACAAUUUCCUGUGCGUCACUAUGGGCUUCUUCCAGCGCUGCACCCAAAAGCGUCUGAACGUGGGCUUGUUUGCCAUCAUGAUCGCCUUCACCCUGCCGCUUUCUUAUCGCCUCUGCUUCCAAGCUGUUUCGCCUAAUCGCAAAUCAUCCCUCAAUGCAGGAGUCGUGCUUGUAUUGCUCAAUACGAUUGGCGCUGCUGCAGGUCUCGGCCCCUGGUCUUGCAUCUUCUUCUCGCUCGUCUAUCUCCCUGCGGCAUACAGUUCCAUGAAGGUCUCGAAGGCGUCCGUGCUUCCAGUGCCGACGCCGGCCUAUAACAUCUACACCGCGAAUCUUCUGCAUGUGGGCGUUGGUAUCGUUGCAAUCAUUACUGUACUCGCCGACACUAAAGGCGCAUUGUGGAACUACGCUGCUCUGGCUAUCCAGUUCGCAGGCUUGACGUACCUUCCUAUCGCUUGGGUCAGCUUCCGCACUCCCAAAGUCAACGAUGAAGCAACCUCUCGCAGCGUCAUCCGAAGGUACGAUGCUGAGGGUGUAAGCUAUGCGUUCGAACGUACUUGGUCGUACUACCGCAAGAUGGCCGCUCUCUCUGCUUUCAUUUACUGGUACGGUCUCAAUCGCGUCCUUCGCGGCUACUUUUUCCAAGGAGAGAAACUUGAUGCUAUCUCUAUCUUCUGGUUCGGCGAUAUUGCCGGUACGGCUGUUGCGCUGACUCUGCUCGUGGUGGCCGAAAAGACGACCUUCAGGAACAAGUCAGCGGUGCAUCCUGUAACGGGCGAGGCCAGGUCGCCUCUGGAAAUCGAAUGUGACAAAGCGAUCGCAAAGGCACCCGCAGGCUCGCUAUGGCUGGAAAAGACCACGGCAGGAUUUAUUGCUGCUACUCUAGUCGGGGGACCUGGGUUUGCAGCUAGCAUGUGGUGGAGCAGCGGCGAAGAGGAGCUCGGCUGGAAGGCUCGCAAGUCGUGGAGAGAAACAGUCGCCGUUGAGGGUAAGAAGAGCAAAUGA